CUCCGGAAGCUCAAGUCGGACCUAAGCGACAUCCACUUCAUCAUCGAGUGGCUUGCGGGAAGGCGACUGCGCAUACGCUUUCGUCAGUACGUGGGCAUGGCCAAGCUCGAGCUGCUCGCGGUGAUCCGACGAUACCACGACAAGUACAUCGACGACGUCGACCACAUGGACAAACUCCGAAGCAUUAUGCCUAGGGACUGGGACGUCAUGCUCUCUCUCCCAGAGACGAACACCCCUCCGUAG